AUGGACCAAAACAAUUAUAGUUCAAUACCUGGAUUUAUUCUGCUUGGCUUCUCGGAUCAUCCCAGUUUGGAGACGGUCCUGUCGGGAGUUGUCACCAUCUUCUAUUUAAUUACCCUGGCGGGUAACACAGCCAUCAUUCUCACAUCUCUCCUGGAUGCCCAUCUGCACACACCUAUGUAUUUUUUCCUCAGGAAUUUAUCAUUCCUAGAUCUGUGUUUCACCACCAGCAUCGUGCCUCAGAUGCUGGUUAACUUGUGGGGACCGGAUAAGACCAUCAGUUAUGUGGGCUGUGUCAUUCAACUCUAUGUUUACAUGUGGUUGGGCUCCAUUGAGUGCCUUCUGCUGGCGGUUAUGUCCUAUGAUCGCUUUACAGCUAUUUGCAAACCCUUGCAUUACUUGGUAAUCAUGAGCCCAAGGCUAUGUCUCAGGAUGAUUAUCAUUGUAUGGUGUAUCAGUUUGGCUUGUUCUCUUGUGCUAUGUACACUUACCCUGAAUUUGCCUAGAUGUGGAAGCAAUGUCUUGAAUCAUUUCUUGUGUGAGUUGCCAGCUAUGGUCAAGAUAGCUUGUGUAGACACCACAGCAGUUGAAAUGUUGGUGUUUGCUUUAGGCAUUGUGUUUGUCCUUACACCCCUCUUCCUUAUACUUGUAUCCUAUGGUUACAUUGCCCGAGCUGUGCUGAGAAUGAAGUCCAAAGCAGGCCAACGAAAAGCCAUGAAUACCUGUGGGUCUCAUCUCACUGUGGUGUCCAUCUUCUAUGGAACUAUCAUCUACAUGUACCUGAGGCCAGGUAACAGUGCCUCCCAAGACCAGGGCAAAUUCCUCACCCUGUUUUACACCAUCAUCACUCCCAGUCUCAACCCGCUCAUCUACACAUUGAGGAACAAGGACAUGAAGAACGCACUGAGGAAGCUCAUGAGAGUUGACUAUGAAUCUACCAAAGGGAAGAGGAACUGGAAAUCAUAG